CUUUUAUCAAUUGAAUUCUCUCCGAAAAGAAUCUAACAAAACCAAAUUCCACUUGAAGUUGGUUAUGAUGUUAGGCUUCUCUUGUAUUUGUGUCAUAAAAAUUUCUAGUUCAAUCUUUUACUUACCCUCCAAAGAGUAUAUUUCGUCCACCUUUUCGGAUGCUCCUUAUUCCAAAUGGUUUUCAAUGAAAUCUGGCAAAUUUGGACAGGCACCUUCGGCGCGACAUGAGAUUCUACCUGAACAGGAUACCAUUCAGGGUUGGAUUGGUUAAAGAUGACUUCUCUGUGGAUAUCUGGAGAUCCCAUCAUGCAAACAUUACAACAAUCACCGAAACAAAGCCUGUCUAUUCCUUUUACAAGUUUGUCUCUUUAGCAGAUUGCCAAAGUAUUGAAGACAUUGAACAACAAUCUAUUAUCUCUUUCAAAAGUUAUCCCUAUAUGUUAACUUCUUCAGAUACCUCUGCCAUGAUUAAGAGCUAUACAAAGCAUUCAAACGCUGACGUAUGGGAGCAGAGUUCUUCACUAGAAUCUGGACCUUCUAAGCAUGAAAGAUCAGGCGUAAGCAUGAAAGGAGAACAUAAGCAUACCGAUAACUCUCAUGUUGGCCAAAAGCAAGGAGGCUCUACACCACCACUUCUUUGUUCUGGAUGCAAGAUAAGGACCGAAUUGUCUGUCAAUGAGUUGACGAGGUUUACCUAUUCUGAAAUACAGCAAGCAACAAAUGAUUUUUCAAAGGAUAACCUAAUAGGUGAAGGUGGAUAUGGUCAUGUUUACAAGGGUGUUCUUAAAGAUGGACAGCAAAUUGCAGCAAAGGUAAGGAAAGAGGAAAGCUCACAAGGCUUUUCGGAGUUUCAUUCCGAGGUCUAUGUCUUAAGCUUCGCUCGCCACAAGAAUAUAGUUAUGCUAUUGGGUUUUUAUUGCAAAGAAAACCGAAAUAUUCUUAUAUACGAGUAUAUCUGCAAUAGGUCUCUUGGUUGGCAUUUAUUUGGUAAGUGUUUAUAGUUUUUUAUUGGUUUGUUUUAUCUUAUGUUUUUAUUCUCUUGGUGUUAUCUAACUGGGAAGUUUGUUAGGAGGUUAGAUAGUUAGUAAUAUAUUUGUAGUUAGAAAUCUAACUUAACUAACUACAAUAACUAACCGGUUAAC